GCUCCAGAGCUUGUCAGUUUGACUAUUGACAUGCUCAGCACCAUUGAUGCAGAGAGUCAUCUUCUGGCACUGUUUAAUGGACAUAUGCCAAAAUUAUGGAGGCUGUGUCUUGAAUAUUUCUUGACCUGGCCCAGUGGUUACUUUACCUCUCUUAUGCACAUCUGCUUCCAUCAUCAGUCUGUACCACAGUCCACCUGUCCUACUACUUCACAGUUUCUUGAUUUUCUUGAAGCAUGUCCCACCUUUGAGAUGCUUGUAAUG